CUGCCUGCCCGGCCGCGCUGCCCUCCCGUGCCCCGCCGGGGUGCCGAGGGCCGGCUCAGCCCCGCCGCGCUCCGCGCCGCGCUCUGCCCCCGCCGCAGCCCGGCGCCCGGCGCGGAAGAUGCUGCGGCUCUGCCUGCUCGCCGCGCUCGCUCUGCGGCUCGCCGGGGCGGCCUUGCUUUCGCCCGGGUCGUGCACCUUCGAGGACAGCGCCUGCGGCUACCAGUGGGACUACGCGCAUCUGCCCUGGGCGCUGCACGGGGAAGGACAUUAUAUUUCUGUGGAUACGUCUUACGAGGGUGAGAAAGCAGUGCUGUCCAGCCCUGAUCUCUACUCUGAGGAAUGGAGCUGUGUCAGACUGAUCUAUCAGAUAGCAAGAACUUCAGACACCUCACCUGAUCCUGCCAGGCUCAACCUGUACCUGAGGCAGGAAGGAGAAAGUUUUGAUCGCUUGCUGUGGUCAGCCAAGGAGCCAUCAGACAGCUGGCUCAUAGCUAGCUUAGAUUUAACAAACAGCACCAAGAAGUAUAAGCUGGUACUGGAAGCCAAAAUGGGACAAGAUAAAUCCACCAGCAUAGCAGUUUUUGAAAUCAAAAUAACUUCUGGAUAUUGUAUUGAAUGUGACUUUGAAGAAAACCAUCUUUGUGGCUAUGUGAACCGCUGGAAUCCUAACGUCAACUGGUUUGUUGGUGGAGGGAACAUUCGGAAUUCUCAGUCUAUCCUGCCCAAAGACCACACACUUAACAAUGCACUGGGUCACUACAUGUAUGUGGACUCUGUUUAUGUCAAACAUUUUCAGGAAGUGGCUCAGCUAAUCUCACCAAAGACCACAGCCCCAAUAUCUGGCUGCUUAUCUUUUUAUUAUCAACUUAAGCAGGAAAGCAGCAUUGUUUUUACUGUUUACCUAAGAGACAUGAGUGGCUUUUAUGAAGAGAUCUGGAAAACAGACAGUGCACUGAAUGCAGACUGGGCACUGGCAGAAGUCGACUUCAAUGCGCCGUAUCCCAUGGAGGUAAUAUUUGAAGUUGCUUUCAAUAGCGCCAAGGGAGGUUAUGUUGCCCUUGAUGACAUUUCUUUCUCUCCGGUUUACUGCAGCAAUCAGACAGGAGCUCCUUUCAAUCCUGCCAAUGCAGGCUGCAAUUUUGAGGAAGAUCUGUGUAAUUUUUACCAAGAUCACAAAGAUGGUCCAGGAUGGAGCAGAGUGAAAGUGAAGCGCAAUGUGUACAGAGCAGGAGAUCACACUACUGGAUUCGGCUAUUAUUUAUUGGCAAACACAAAGUUUACAUCACAGCCUGGGUACAUUGGACGUCUGUAUGGCCCAACCCUGCCAGGAAACUUGCAGUUUUGUCUGCGUUUUUAUUAUGCCUUAUAUGGGUUUUUUAAGAUGAGUGGCACUCUUGCAGUUUAUAUCUUUGAGGAGAAUCAUGUUGUUCAAGAGAAAAUCUGGUCUGUCUUGGACACUCCAAAGGGAGUUUGGACUCAAGCUGAAAUCUCCUUCAAAAAGCCUAUGCCUUGCAAGGUUGUCUUUGUUAGCUGGUGUAAAAGCUUCUGGGACUGUGGACUGGUGGCACUGGAUGAUGUAUCAUUGAGCCUGGGGAGCUGCCAGGCUGCUGAUUUGUUGCUGCCCACUCCUGGAGAAUGCACUUUUGAAAAAGAUGAGUGUGUGUUUACCCAGAAGAAGAGAGGUCGUGGGAGCUGGCACAGGAAGAGGGGUCCAACUCCCACUUCUUAUACGGGACCAAAAGGAGACCACACUACCGGGGUAGGAUACUACAUGUAUAUAGAGGCAUCUAACAUGGUCUAUGGACAGAGAGCAUACCUAGUUUCAAGAUCACUAAGAGGAACAUCUGGAAAACAGUGCCUGACAUUUUUCUAUCAUAUGUAUGGAGCUGGGACUGGAUUAUUAAGUGUUUAUCUAAAAAAGGAAGGGGAUGAUGAAGAAAUACCUUUGUGGAGGAGGACAGGGGAACAAAGCAUCUCAUGGCUAAGGGGACUGAUAGAAUAUGAAAGUGAUAGAAACUACCAGAUUAUUUUUGAGGCAAUCCGUGGUGUGUCAAUAAGAAGUGACACUGCAAUUGAUGAUAUUCUGUUCCAGGCAGGACCUUGUUUGGAAGUGGAAGAAAUUCAAUUCUCAUCAGGCUAUCCUGACAGCUUAAACGAACUUGAAUAUUAAAUACAGUCUGCUGAAAGGAAUGAAGUACAUUGAAGAAUUGUAUGUGAGAAACUGCACAAACUGCCUAUUUCAAAAUAUGUUUUAAGGAAAUACUGAACUGGUUUGAAUACACACCAAUACAUAGGAAGAACUUGGAGCGCUCAUGUUCCUCGCCUUUUCAAUGAAAUUAUUGACUCAGGGCUGCUUAGACCAUAAUUUUUUUAUAUUAUUUCCUCUUUUGCAUGAGGUAUCAAUUAUUACAUAAAGGCUUCCCAUUUUGCACAGAUCAUUAAUUUUUAAUUUUUUAAACGUUUCUGGUAUAUAAGUAAAAAGAGGAAAUUCGAGUUGCACAAUUGAAGUCCAAUAUUGCGUUAUCUUAAAUCUGCAUUCAGUGAAUGUUUUGUGUUGGGGAUAGAAUGGAUUUUUAUUAAGAAAAUUAUAAAUGUUUUGAAAUAACAAAGAAAAUAGUGUUAGCUACUAGUAUUAUCCUACAGGUUAAGUGCAAUUAUUCUCAAUGACAAAUCUCUCUGGGAAACUUAAUACUCUCCUGGCAAUUUUUGUGAUAGUGUAUUAUUUUACUAUAACAAAUAUAUUUGUCAAUAACAAACUCACUUCUAGUGUUCAGUAUAAUUCAGCAUAAGAUGCUGGCCUGUGGAAUUAUAUGAAAUGAAACACUUUAAAGCCAUAUGUUUUCUGGGAUGAGAGUCUUGUUGUUCUUUUGGGGUUUUUUUAUUAAAUAAAUUUGUACACUCACAGAGAAUGCACUUACACUUUGCCCAACCACAACCACAAAUAUCUUGCAUUUAUAUUAAUAGGAAACUGAAUUCAUGUCUUGUUAUUUUUCAAGGUUUUGUGUAUUUGUGUGUAAGGGUUUUUUUUUCCAAAUUUACUAUAACUUCCUAAUAAAAUGUAAGUUUGAGUAUCAUCUUAUUGCUCUGCUCUAGAUUUCGUACUAAUCAGUGUAAGGAGAAGGAACUGAACCUAAUAAAGUAGCUUGAAUUCA